AUGGACCAAGAGAAAGAAGACGAACUAGAGCAAAGUAGCUCCACUGAUCCAACAUCAAUUGUCAUAACAGAUCAAGAGGCUGGAAAUGUGGCAAAAUCUGCUGCUACUAAGGUGCAAAACAUUGAGCAACCAGUGCAAAGAGAACGCGAUUCCCAGUCCAAGAGUCUCUCAAGUCUCAUCUUGAAUCAACCAACCCCACUACCACCACCACCACCACCACCGCCAAUGGCAACAGAGGCAACAGAACUUUUACCAUCAACAUCAAGUCAGCCAAUAGAAGUCCCCUCUAGUCCACUACCUGAACCUUCGUUCUCCUUUAGGAACCCCGCCAUAUCACAAGCUGAACAACGACUUGUUGGAAAAUUUGAAAACGAAGUAUUGACAAAUGAACAAGCAGCCGCGUCUUUACUGAGGUUGAAAAGUGAAACCAAGGACAAGUAUUUGUAUCAAAUUAGAAGAUACAUUAGAUUCUGUGCCACUAAAGGCAUGGAUAAUUUUCCAGUGUCUCCUCAAUUAGCUCAACAAUUAAUUGGAUACGAGAUGAUGAAGCGUGGUGGAAAUUUCUUGAGUGAAAAUACAAUUCGUAGUAUUCGAUCACCCCUCAACAAAUUAUACUUUAUGAAUGAAAUUGUCUAUGGUGAAGAUCAACAACAACAACAACAACAACAACAACAACAAAAUGAAAUUUUAGGCGAACAAUUUAUACAACAAAUGAUGCAGUCAAUGAGUGAAGCGAAGAAGAAUAAAGAGAGUACUGAAGAUGUUGGUACAAGUGAGAACAAAGGAGAUGAAGGAGAAGGAGAAGGAGAAGGAGAAGAAGAGAAGGGGAAAGAGGAGGAGGAUGAAGGAGAGGAACUAGGCGACGAAAGCGACGAAAGCGACGAAAGCGACGAAAGCGACGAAAGCAACGAAAGUGAGUCUGAAGCACCCUCAAGAACUAGUAGUAAGAGGGGAUUGCUCAUGUCAGUUGGCCAGCUGUCCUCCUCGAGCUCAAAUAUAAAUCCCUCCAGUACAUCUUCUGCAACGGGAAUCACUUCUCAAAUAGACGUUGCCGGCUCCAAACCACACGAAAAAGACCAACCCCAACAACCAACAGAAUCCAACGUUGCCAAACUUGACAAGUUAAAAUCGGGACAAGGGUCUCCCGCUUCAGCUUCCUCCUCCAGUGCAUUGACUAUGAGCCCAGGGAGUACGCCCACCAAACCCUUUGGAUUGAGUGGCAACUCAAAACAUCGACUUUCACCUAGUGAAGAAUCAUUAUUGCGCAAAUUUGAUCAAGAGAUUCUCAAUAAUCCCAAAACUCAAGAGGUCUUGUCAAAUUUGACAGGAAACACUUUCAAAUCGUAUGCAACUGAUAUCAAGAGGUUUAUCAAGUACUGUGCUCGCAAGGGCAAAACUGAUUUCUUGAUUGAUAAUGACAUUUUGACUCGAUUCUUGUCGUUUCAAACAAGUAAGAGCAGUGGUGGAAGAAGCAGUAGUAGCGGGGGUGGUGGAAUUAGUGGCGGCACCAGUAGCUCAACCAGUAGGAGUGAUCGCAGAUACAAUUUGAAAAACACCAGAACAAGUUUACUCAAAUUACAUCAAUUGAAUUGUUUGGCAUACGACAUGGAGUUUUCCGAAAGCGAAAUCGUACUCACAUUGAACAAAUUUCUAAAUGCAACAAACACAACCACUACGGCCGAUCCAACUAAUCACGAGAGUACAGUGACUACAGCGGAUCAAGUGGAAUUAGCUCAUGAUUUGGACUUGGAUCCAGACAGGGGAAACCCGUUGCUUGACAAAUUGCAACAUUACUAUCAGACUUCCUCAAUUCUCCAGGGCCUAUCUGAUCAAAGUAAGAAGCUAUACGCUAAUGAGUUCAAUCGUUAUGCGGUAUUUUGUUCACAACGUGGGUUACAGAGUUUCCAAUUAACAGGAGAGUUGAUCAAGGAGUAUUUCAUCAAUGAGGUGAUUUCACAUACCCCAACUAUAUCAACAAAGAAAUUAAAGGAGAUUUUAAGCCGCUUGAAUCGGUUGCAUAAUUUGAAUAUGGAGUUGGAUUCGGACAAUACGCCAAAACAAAUUGAAAAUGUUCAAGUUGUGAGGGAUUUCAUUAGUGAAUACGGCACAAAGUCUCAUUCUGCUCAGACAAGUAGUGCCAGUGCUAGUAGUAGUGCAGUUAGUAGAAGCAGCGGUGGCAGUUCUGGCAGCACUUUAAGCACUGGUGGUCACGGAAAUGGAGGAAACGAUAACGGUAAUGGAAAGGGAAAUGGAAAUGGAAAUGGAAAUGGAGGACAUGGUACAAGCAGAUCCAGCACAAGUGGGAACGGGAAUGGAAGUGGUAGUGGAAGUGGUAACGGAGCAGAUACGCUUUCCGGUGCAUCUACAUCAGGCUCCUCGUUGACGUCAGAUUUGCCUCAGUUGAACUUUUCCAAUAACCCUACUGCAGUACUUAUAGGUCUGCUGCUGCUGUCAUCUGAACAACCAAGUGGUGGAGAAUUGUCAAGCUCGGUGAUUAGAAGAAAUUUGGCUGGACAAAAGACAAGAUCGAAGUUGAAAUCUUCUUUCCAAUCGUACAGCUCAAGACCAGAAAUAAUCGAUACUACAAGUGGAGCGGGAAACACUAGCAGUGAAGGGGCCAUUGGUAGUGGUGGUGGUAAUGAGAAGACUACUAGAAAACAUGGAUUUGGACAAGAGACUGCUGCAGGAGCACCUUCACAAAGAUUGAGAAUGGUGGAGGAGCACAAGUACAUGGAUAACAUGUAUGAAAGUAUGGAUAGUGAAGAAAUCCAUGAUGAGUCGGCAAAAGCUCCCCAGUCUACACCAGAUAUUGCUGUUGCCCAUGGUCACGAUAAGCAACAAUACAACAAAGAGCAUUCAUAUGAGAGUGUACAUGAGCGUGAACGUGAGCGUGAGCGUGAACAUUCACAAAAGUCGCCACUGUCUUCUUCUAAUCCCCACUCGCCGCCAUCGACGUCAUCUUCAAAAAGACAGAAGCUUGAAUCGUUGCCAGAGACCAACGACCUGAUUCCCAAAUUUGUCAUGAAUAGAGAUAUCGAGUCUGUAACUCAAUUAGUUGAAGAGUGGACAUUGAUCGUCAAGCGUGACGAAAAGUAUGGGUUGGCGUGGAUCAAAACUAUGAACGAUUUGCAACUUUACAAUAGACGCAAAUUAAUAAUUUCAUUGAUGGAGGAGGUUUUACCAACAAUGAAUGAAGAAUACAAGGGAAAGAAAAUGAGUGAAGUUUAUCGUGGUGGAGGCGCUGGAGGUGAGCUGGCCUUGUUUGAACUUGCUUUCGUGUUUGACCAAUACCUUACUCGGAAGAAUUUGACUAUUGAUGAUUUAAUUAAACGGAUUGAAAACUAUCCAAGUUAUGUCAAAAGGGAGUUUACAAGAAUUUUAUCGAGAAGAAAGUCUACGCCAACGAGUACCGUUGCCCCUGGAGGAAGAGAGCACAGUGGCAGUGGCAGUGGUAGUGGCAGUGGCAGUGGCAGUGGCAGUGGUAGUGGAGGAGGAGCGUAG